CUCCUCCUCCUCCUCCUCCUCCUUGCGUUCUGCAAGCAAGAUAAUCCUAUCCCGACAAACCGCCCGGCACGCGCGGUGGAUGCGGAUGGCGCGAGCGUGCGCUGCAGCAUCGGCCAUGGAUGAGCAGUUCAUGCUGAGGGCGUUGAGCCAGGGACAGCUGGGCAGAAGGGUGACGGCACCCAAUCCCUGGGUCGGGGCGGUGGUGGUGAAAGAGGGCUGUGUGCUGGGAGAAGGCUAUCACAAGGGGCCCGGCACGCCUCACGCGGAGGUGGAGGCGUUUCGUGAUGCUGAGGCGAAGGGCGUCAGUGACUUCACUGGAGCAACGCUCUACACGACCCUGGAACCCUGCCACAGGGGUCCCGGCAAGCGAACACCUCCCUGCGAUGAGCUGGUCGUUGCCAAGAAAGUGAAGCGAUGUGUCAUUGGACACGUCGAUCCAGAUCCCAGCUUCGGAGGGGUAGGUGUCGGAUUCCUGCGCGAAGCUGGCAUUGAGGUGGAUGUGGGCAUCUCGGAGGAGAAGGUCCGCGACUCCUUCCGCAGCUAUUUGCACCAUCGCCAGACUGGCAGGCCCUACGUGGUCUUAAAGAUCGCAAUGAGUCUAGACGGCAGGGUGGCGUGCGAGGACAAAACGUCUCAGUGGAUCACGCAGGCGGAGGCACGGCAGGACGCUCACCAGCUGCGAGCUGAUUCCCAUGCGAUCAUGGUGGGGAGUGGUACCGCGCUGCAAGACCAGCCCAGCCUCACCGCCCGCCUGGACCCCGCCCCGAAGCAGCCGCUGCGAGUCGUGCUGGACAGCCGCGGCCGCGUGCUCGAGGGUCCCCUGAUGGACACCAAGCUGGCGCCCACGCUGAUCUUCACCAGCCAGGAGUGCAAGGAAGACUCAAAGAAGAGGUGGCGCGACUCUGGUGUGGAUUUCUACGAGGUGCCGCUGGUUGAUGGCCGCCUGGACCUGCUCAGUGUCCUCGCAGAGCUGGGCCGGCGUGGCGUUCUGCAGCUGAUGGUAGAGGGCGGGGCGCUGCUUCAGGGCCAGUUGCUCAAGGAAGGCCUCGGUGAGGAGCUGCGCGUCUACAUGGGUGCGACGCUGUUGGGCUCCUCAGCACUUCCCUGGGCGCAGACGCCUUUGACCUCCACCAUCAAGGAGGCCCAAUUCUGGCAGCUCCGAGAUCUUCGGCGCGUAGGCAACGACGUUUGCUUGGAGUACUUACGCAAGCCGCCAACAGUGUGAC